GUCAGCCCGGUCAAGCUCCAUACCCUGCUCAGGGACAGCCUCCACAAGGUCCCUAUCCUGGCACGGGUCAACUGGGUGGACCAGGGCCAUAUCCAAACCAGGUACAGCCGCCAUACCAGGGUCAGGGGUCAGUUUAUGGACACCCGGGUCCCACUUACCCGGGUCAGCAGGCUCCGCCUUCUGUUGGAAGUCAAGCAUCUCAAGGUGCAGCAGGAAGAGUGGUCAGGCCAGGGACAGAUCAGUUCAAAUCCAGAGUUGAAAUCCGCAUUGAGUGUAAAAACCUGAUCAAUAUGGAUAUCAUGUCCAAGUCUGAUCCGUGUGCUGUCUUGAUGAUGAUGGUGGCAGGUCGUUGGGAAGAGGUUGGAAGAACUGAAAAUGUGAAAAAUUGCGUGAACCCCAAGUUUUCCAAAAGCUUUGUUGUGAACUAUUUCUUUGAAGAGGUUCAGAAGAUACUUAUUGCUGUAUAUGACAUUGACAACACCACACCUCAGCUCAACGACGACGACUUCCUGGGUCAGAUUGAAACUACGCUUGGACAGUUGGUUUCCAACACACCAAUGACAGCACCACUGGUGUAUAAAACCGGAGGGAAAGCUGGACAGGGUACAAUCACAAUUCGAACAGAGGAAAUUAAGGAAGGAAUGGAAACCGCUUUACUGACCUUCCGAGCUCAGAAAUUGGACAGUAAGGACCUAUUUGGCAAAUCUGACCCGUACCUGGAAAUUCUGAAAGCAACUUCAGAUGGCAACUGGCAGGUUGUUCACAGAACCGAGGUUAUAAAGAACAAUUUGAAUCCUCACUGGCGACCCUUCCAGCUCUCUUUACAAACUCUUUGUGGUGGAAAUAAACAGCAGUCAAUCAAGUUUGACUGCUAUGACUGGGACAGUGAUGGUUCCCACGACUACAUCGGAGGAUUCACUACAACAUUUGAUGAGAUGUCUAAAGCCAUACAGCAGGAGAUCUCUUGGCCAUGUGUGAAUCCAUCAAAAAAAGCCAAGAAACGAAAUUAUUCAAAUUCUGGUGUCAUCUACCUCACAUCAUUAAAGGUUGUGAAAGAAUACUCAUUCCUUGAUUACAUCAUGGGCGGAACACAGAUUAACUUCACGGUGGGCAUUGAUUUCACAGCCUCCAAUGGAAACCCGACUCAGUCUUCCUCCUUACAUUACAUUAACCCUCACCGUCCUAAUGAAUAUAUGGCAGCUAUCAGAAGUGUUGGCGAGGUUUGUCAGGAUUAUGAUACGGACAAACUGUUCCCUGCCCUUGGGUUUGGAGCAAAGAUCCCUCCAAAGUGGGAGGUAUCUCAUGAGUUUGCCAUCAACUUCAACCCUCAGAAUCCUUAUUGCCAAGGGAUUGACGGAGUCCUGCAGGCCUACUAUAACUGUAUACAGAACGUUCAGCUGUAUGGUCCAACAAAUGCUGCCCCAAUCAUCAACCAUGUGGCUAACUUUGCUGCUGCAGCUCAGAGAGAAGAGCCUUCUAAAGGGGCUCAUGCUUACUUUAUCCUGCUGCUGUUGACAGACGGGGUGCUGAGUGACAUGUCCAACACCAAAACUGCCAUUGUCCAGGCCAGCAAGCUGCCCAUGUCUCUCAUCAUCGUCGGGGUGGGCCAGGCAGACUUCUCCGACAUGCAGAUCCUCGACGGGGAUAAUGGGGUCUUGAGGGCUGCCAAUGGAGAACCAGCGAAGCGUGACAUUGUGCAGUUUGUUCCAUUCAGGGAUUUUAGAAAUAGUAGCCCAGUCGAGCUAGCUCGACAUGUUCUAGCGGAGGUUCCCAAACAGGUCACAGACUACUAUAAGAUGCGAGGCAUGCAGCCAAACACAAAGCCAGUCCAGCAGGCAUCAUAA